AAAUUUAGGUGUGCCAUGGAGACAUCAAACUAGAAAAUAUCAUGGUGACUGGGUGGAAUUGGGUUCUGCUAACAGAUUUUGCCAGCUUUAAGCCAACUUACUUGCCAGAGGACAAUCCAGCAGAUUUUUCAUAUUUCUUUGACACAUCACGUAGACGUACCUGUUACAUAGCCCCUGAGAGAUUUGUCAAAACACUAAACUCGGAUGUUGUGCAGAGUAAUACUGUUAGUAACCUAGUUCUACCAGAAGAGGAGAUUAAAAAAGGAGACUUGAAUGCAGCUAUGGAUAUCUUCUCUCUUGGGUGUGCUUUAACAGAGCUCUUCACUGAAGGUCAUGUCCCUUUUGACUUCUCUCAGUUACUGACUUAUCGAAGUGGUGAGUACAGUCCAUGGAAGGUGAUUGAGAAAAUUGAAGAUCCAUGUAUUAGGGAUCUAGUGCGCCAUAUGAUGCAAAAAGACCCCAACAAAAGGUCUACUGCAGAAGAAUACUUGGAACAACAACGAGGCAAGGCCUUUCCAGAAUAUUUUUAUUCUUUUCUUAGAGAGUAUGUUCAGGGUUUUGCAUCUGUGCCCAUUCUCACUCCUGAUGAACGGAUUGCUAGACUGAAGCCUGACAUAAAAAAGAUUCUGGAAGCGUUGACUGAUUCAGCCAAAGACAAAAAUGACAGAGUCAAUGAUGGCUUGGUCAUCAUAGUUUCACUAGUUACAUCUUGUUUACGUGCCCUUAAACACUGUACAGCUAAACUUCAUGCCUUGGAGGUGUUAAGACAGAUGGCUGAGCUACUGAGUUCUGAGGUUAUUCUUGACAGGCUUUUGCCAUAUAUGUUAUUUCUUGUGAAUGACCGUUAUCCUCAAGUACGAGUAGCAGCUAUAAAAACAAUGACAUACUGCCUAACUUUAGUCAAGACUGUUCCUCGAAG